CGGAUUGGUGAGUGAAGCAGAUAUCUGAUUGGGAAUUUUAGCUAUAGUAGGCGAUACUGAACAAUGUGACCAAUCAGCAAUGGCCGCACCACCAUUCCUCCCGAAGGUAUAAGAGGCCGGAAUGUGAGCGUAUUGCAUCAUUCGCUGUGAAAAUGCUUUUGAGAUUGUUGCCAUGUCUGGGAGAGAAAAGGGCGCUGGUGGGAAAGCUCGCUCGAAGGUGAAGUCCCGGUCGUCCCGGGCUGGCCUGCAGUUCCCGGUGGGCCGUGUUCACAGGCUCCUGAGAAAGGGCAACUAUGCUGAGCGUGUGGGUGCCGGAGCGCCGGUCUAUCUGGCUGCGGUGCUCGAGUAUCUGACGGCUGAAAUCCUCGAGUUGGCCGGUAACGCGGCCCGGGACAACAAGAAGACCCGCAUCAUCCCCAGGCACCUCCAGCUGGCCGUGCGCAACGACGAGGAACUCAACAAGCUGCUGGGAGGGGUGACCAUCGCUCAGGGCGGGGUGUUGCCUAACAUCCAGGCCGUGCUGUUGCCCAAGAAAACCGCCGCUGGGGGCGCCACUAAGAAGUGAAGAGACCGUUAUUUCAUCUGACAAUCCAAAGGCUCUUUUAAGAGCCACCCACAACAUCCGUGAAAAGCAGCUAGACAGUCACUAGUAGUCUAUUAGUUCUUUUAAUGUAAAAACUCUGCCCUCUAAUGAGAUUUUUGGUUUUUUUUUUAAGACUUCUAGUUUUAUCUUGGCUUAUUCUGGAACAGCUGUCUGACUAGAAUAGUAAAUUUGGUGAUUUUUGCAGUAAGGGACAUAUAAAUAAUAGCUAAAGGGGGUGUUUCUAUUAAUACGCUGACAGGGAACGCCUCCACAGCAGAAAGAGGCCCUUCGAGUCUGAAUCGACCCUCCGAAGAGCGUAUACUGGAAGGGGAAAAAGAGAGAUCUUUUGAAAUUUAGUUAUAACUGGGGAAACACUAAGGGAGACAAUGGGCACACAGGCGUUUUACCGGGAAUUUGUAAGCUUUUGCAUACACGGAGUCCACUACUUCAAUUGUAUUUUGUGACGACUGCUAAAAUCUCAACUUAUAACUUUUGUCUUCAAAUGUGACGAGCGCAUCUCCCAGACCCAGUCAGUUCCUGUAAUUGCUGCUGCAUUGACAAACUGCAGCAACAGCACACUGUGUUUACAUUAAACAAGGAAAUAGCGCCUA